GCGAUGGUUCUCGCGGAUGCAGUCGCAGUCAGCUUCACAUUGCUUUUUCGGGGCAGGAGUGAUUGUUUGCAGGGAUCUCUGCGGGCCCAAUCUUUAGGGUUGUGACUUUCUGUGGAAAGCCUGCUCAUUGCAUACAUAUAUGAGUCUUGUCUCAGAUGUUCCAGCACAGUGGUUCAUGUCUCACCCCAACAUCCACUCUGCUGGGAUUUACGUAGUCACGGGCUUUAUACAUUUCCGUCGUGGUAACGCGACAGGCUGAAACCUCUGACUACCCCCCUCUGCCCUCUCCAGCCUUGUCUCGAAAGGGCUCCAGCAUGCGUUCUCAAGAUGAAGUCGAUCUGGAACGGAAACCCUUGCUCGACCGACGCUCGCGGAAGCUCUUCCAGAUCCUGAACUACAACUGGGCGAUCUUCCCAAGCACGGCCUUUUUGUCGUUCCUAGGAGUAUAUUCUCUGAUGGUGUGGGCGGGAGUUCCUGAGGCGAUCGUGCAACCGGGGGUGCUCUGGACGCGCGACUGCACGAUCAUCACCCUCAUCAUCACCCCCUUCCUCCUCGCCCAGUUCCCCCCCUACCACAUCCUCUGGGGGAUGUGUCUCCCCAUACGACCGUUCUCAUACGCCCAGGCCCCGAAACAACGGUCCUUCCGCAGCCUGCGCGUCGUUCUUACCGUGUUGAACACCGUCGACCUCUGGAAACCGCUCAGCCAAGCCUUCCGCAUCAGCUUCGUCGUCGUCGUCGACUCAGCCCACAACCCCUUCACCACCCUCCUCCCCAACUGGGUCGAGCAGCUGCAGUGCCCGCCCUCCUUCCAGGCCGCGCGCGCCACCCACAAGGCCCGGGUGCUGGAGUGGUACCGGCGCCACAGCAGCCUCACCGACCGGGACUGGGUGCUGCACCUGGACGAGGAGACGGAGAUCGACGACUACCUGAUGCAAGCGUGUUUGGAUUUCAUCGAGCGGGGGAGUGAUGAUAUUGGGAUGGGAACAAUCUACUACAACGCCUCCUCGCACUGGAAACACCCCCUCACCACCGUCGCGGAGAUCCUGCGCAUCGCCGAGAACUUCGGGCGGUACCAGCUCCCCGUGCGGUUCUUCCGGCAGCCGCUGCUCGGGUUCAUGCGCGGGAGCUUCCUACUGCUGAACGGCACGGUCGAGAACGCAGUGACCUGGGACACGGACUGUCUGACGGAGGAUCAUUGGUUUGCUUACUACGCCGCGAAGCAAGGCUUCAAAUUCGGAUGGCUGAACGCGAUCGCGCGCGAGCAGGCCCCCUCCACGCUGGGCGAUCUGCUCCGCCAGCGGUGCCGAAUGAUGACCAUGAUCUACGGCGGCUGGGCCAUCUCCGUCUCCUACGGCUUCUUCGUCUGGACCACUUUCAACCUGGCCGUGCUGCUGCACGGCCGCGUCGUCGCGUGUCUGCUGGAGGAUCUGGACUGCCAUGCCACGGCGCUGCUGGAUAUCCCGGUGCAUGUGGUGCUGACGGUUGUGCUGGCGCCGGUGGUGGAUUUGGUGCAGGCGGCGACGUUUCUGUGGACGGUGGUGCGGCCGACGAGGGAGUUUACGGUUAUUCGGAAGGAUUAG